GGAGGAGCUAAGCAAGGCGGAAGUCACCACAAUAUUUCUCCUUCAUGCGUAGCUGCUGUCGCUUCAGUGCAAAAAGUUUUUUUUUGUUCAGAUACUGAUGGCGCCCUUUGCACGAGCAACAGCCUGAGUAGACCAAAGAGGCCUUCUGUUGAGGAGCAUUAUUCUCCUACCGGAGCGAUGCCAGAAACCAGUUCAUCCUCGGGAGCAUCCAGCAGCACUGCUGCUCCGUCGACAGGCACGAACAAAGCACCCUCCGGGAAAGGCUUCAGUUCGGAUGCCGGUGAUGGGAGUGCGACCGCGACUUCGCUGUCCAUCGGCGAGGCGUGGCAGUCCCUGGAACUGGUCCACGAUGGUCGCCGCAUUACAAUCUGGCUCCCGCCAUGCGCGCUUGACCUUUCAAGCGCAAAGGUGUCGUUCAUCGCGGAGUCGAACUCACCAGUCUACCUGCUGCAGGCUCCCAUGACCUCGCUUUGGUCACCGACGGCCUUGAAAGAGAUAACUGUGGCAGACGUUGGGCAGAAGGCGAUACUGCGAGAAGGGCUACUGGCGACGCUCGUCGCGCGCUACAGUGUCGUUCACGUACUUAUAAUCUUUGUUGUUUCAAAUGGUCGCCAAGAACGUUUUCCAUUUGUUGUGAACACGGAGGACGAUACAUCCUCGCCUCCGAGGCACAGCAGGGGUGAGACGAAAUAAGAAUGCGCGAAGGGUGAUAUAAUUCCACCUACCAUCAAUCAUCACGACACAGAAAAACAAUCACAGGAAACCGCGUAUCUACCAAGGUUCAUAUACCACUAUGACAAGAAGAAGGUGUACUUCGCGAUGUACCCUGGUAGUAAGGCGCUGGAUCUUCCAUCAGCUGUCUGCCCGGAAUCAGAGCGGGCAAAACGGCAGCGUUCGUCGUUGGACGAUUUGGUAGCGAGCGGUAUAUCGGCCACCGACGCAAUUUGCUGCUUGUUGCAGGUACUAACUACAACAUGAACAUUUACAGAGGUUACUAUUUUUGUGACACGAAUCAAAGUACUAAACCUGAUAGCACAGGCUUUGCCAAGAAGUCUGAAUUCAAAAAACGAUUUGAUCCGUCCGCUUCACUACCGCAGAUUGCACAAUCGUUGUCGGACAUGGCAGUGUUCCAUCGGGACGUCAAGCCGGCGAAUCUGCUGUUGACACGGAGACACGAGGGUGCCCUGCCGUCGAACCGCUGGUCAUUCAGCGAUCUCUUCGAUAAUGGCUUUCUGCGGCCGCUGCACAUCCGGAAGCCAUUCAGCUUUCGUGUAACGGCAAAGGGAGCAGAAGCGUUUAGCUGCCCGCCGGGUGGCAUCCUUCAGGUAUGCUUUUCGACGAAGCCACUCGAUUUUUUCUUGCAUCACAAUUAGAAGUUGCUCAUAAUUGAUGCUACCAAACGUGAAUAUUCGUGCUUGCACUGCAACUGACUUUAGUUCUUGAAGGUGUUGUGCAGCACGAGGAGGAUGUGUAUGGUCGAUUCGUGGAAAGACAAAACUUACUUGCCGCAAGUGAAACAAAAAUCACUCUGCAGAACCUGUCCGCUCUACUGAAAAAAGCGACUUUUGCCGAUCACGUCGGGGCGAAGAAGCAGAAACUCCUUGGUGCGGACACGCACGUGUCGAACAUGCUCGAUUUGAUCGAGACGCUGGACAAAGAUGGGAAUGUCGUUUGGAAAAAGGAUAUGGCCCCCCACGCACACGCUAAGAUGUCGCAUCCCGUGACGCUUAAGAUCAGUAUUGAACUUUUGAUAAUUGCCCUCGGCUCACUGCUGUUCGUUCGAGCUUCUCGUUUGCUUUCGCCCGAUUUUCAAAAAUGUUGUGCAAGGAGUCGCAGCCUCCGCAUGAGUCUCAACGUGACAUGGAUAAAGGGUAUUAAUUAUGCUGUCAGGCCCCGGCAUAGUUGUUAUCGACUUCGGCUCAGCGCGUACGAGUUGUGAGUCGCGGGACAUUACGCCAGACUGCGGAACAGAUGGGUACCAGGUGUCCGAGCAGAAGGACCCCGCACUGCUAGACAAGUUGCAGAUUGGUCUUUGCGCAUUCGAGAUGUUCGGAACAAAAUCGUCUAACCGCGAUUUGCUGCAGGAGGAGAUUUGGUUGAUUACACGAAAGAAGAUAUUUGAGAACGUGAGAGGGCCGCUGUGGUACAUUUUGAAAAAUCUCCACAGCCAGUUUCGCCAGCAGGUAUAUUUUUUUGUAGACCAGAUGGACAUUGUGUAUCCUUUUUCAUGGUAGUUGUAUGCCUGCGCAACAAAGGUCUCUUUCGCUUUUGUAAAUCAAUUUUCUUUCAACAUGAUCACACUUCUAGGAUCGCCGCCGGAAAACCACAGUGGAAAGCAUGACCUCCAUGGUCCGAACUGCUUUACCUUACAAGAGCAAACUGUACUUUGACAAGCUCUUGUGCGACGGGGACAUCAACAAGGUCUCUACGUUCUUCUUCAAUGCGUACCUCGCGUUCGAAGAAAACAAGCAGAAAUUUUCAGUGAGCGGUAUUGGAUUCAGUUGUUUUUCUAUGUUUUCGUCCUGAUGUGAAUGUGUGUGAGUGUGUGUGUGUGUGAUGCAUAAGUACAACGUCCGCAUUGGCGUCAGUCUAGCUCUUCCAUUUUGUGUCAGCUCUUUUGGCUUUUGCCACUGAUACGCAUCAGAAGCAUACUCUAUCCGGGCAACAUUCAAAGAGCCAUGAGAGAGAAACAAAUGUACAACAAGUAGCACAGCUCCACAAACUACAACAGAUCCACUCGCGCACGCGAUACUAGAGCUCCUGCAGGGAAGGGACAUAGAGUUGGUUAUGAAGGAUGCCGGCGUGCAGAGGCUUCCAGGAGUCGACCAAAUCGCAAGGGAGUACGAAAAUUCGACGAAUUUCGCGCACGGUGACGAUAUUCCCGAAAACGUAUAAUUUGUUUCAGCAUUCUUCAUCUGACAUAGUCAUCAUUUACCGACAAGAGGUUUGACUCUUUGUCACUGUAUCCAGGGUGCAGUUUGGUGGCAUAGAUUUGAAUUUUCUGACUUCGAAACAACAGACUUUCUGGCAGUGGGUAGAGUCGUAUCACCAGCAGCUAAACAGCAAGUACCGCCACGUUUGCACCUCCAGAUCCCUCGGAACCACCGUGUCGGAGUUGAACAGUUUGCCGAAGGAGAAAAUUGUAGAGCUGGCGGAGGAAAUGCUCCCGGGGGGCGGCACCGGUAAGGCUCUGUCGCCGCGCUUCACCGCCGGAAAGCCGGCGGAUCCCGGAGUCCAGUGGCAAGGAACCCCAAGGACCAAGGCGGACUGGCAAGCCGAUGUGGAGAAGAUAAGGAAAAAUGGGAUUAACAAUCCCAAAAGAUCCGAGCAGGAUGUGGCAAAGCUGAAGACAUUUUGUCUUCACAAUGCCAUCAAAAAUCAGGAUUGAACCGUGUCAAUAUGUAUUUUUUGGGUGCAGUAGCGAGCCUUGAUUUCUUUCUCUGAUCGUUGAACAUAACUAAGGUCAACUUGUGACUUUGUUCUGACCUCCGCAUUAAGCAGGAAAUGUAUCAUUCAAGAAGGAGAGGCCUCCCAACAGUUUAAACCAGAGCUUUUCGUGUACGAUGAAUGAUUCAACAGUUUCGAGGGAGUGAAUUUUGAUUUUCUUGUAUGAUAGAUUAGCAACAACCGGAACCGAAGCGUCUGCUCACCCCGAGUGAUAGGUUUAGUUUUGAAAGAUUUGCUUUUUUGUAUCAAAUUGAUAGAUAAAUUGAAUAUUGAAUUUGAAAUUGCGACGCCUAGUGCCUCUCGCCUCUACCGCCAUUUAUUUCAAUAAAGAGCUAUCCCGAGCUAUUCCUAUUUCCGCUAGAAGUUGAACGCAGAAAUUUGAAUCUCUUCUGGCGUCCGCUACGACGAUAGUUUUUGCGACGGCAUGGCGUGCCUCUGUCUGACUAGAACCUGUACCGCAAUAACCGACAUUCCGCCAACAAGAAACUAUCAAUCCGUCAUCAGGAGGUACUAGUCGAUCAGGCGGAGUACGAGCGUGAGCGUCGGCUUUAUUUUGAAACUAACAAUGCAAGCUCGACCUCAACCACAAGUGCAUCCGAAUGCAAAGCUGCGGCUGCCACGGCCACCAACGAAAUUCAAAGAAAACCAAAUCAUGCUAAGCUUGCUAAU